CUCAAACUUCCCAUCUAUAUAUGUGUAUGUAAAUAAGAAUAAGCAUAUUUUAAUACCUAAACCCAAACUUCCCUUAAAAAUAAUGAUUUAAAAAAAAAAAAGCUAAAGUUUUCAGUCUUUGUAUUGCAGACUGGAAACACAAAACUCCUUUUUCUCUCAUUCUUUUCAUAAUUUAUUUUCUAAAUUAGAGGAAUUGAGCAUGAUUUCAUCACUCCCAACUUUAUAUAUAUAAUACCACAACUCACAUGGGCUAAACUUUAAGAAAAUCCCAACUCCUCUUUUUAUUUCCCCCCCUCUUCUUUUGUUUUAUUUUAUUCAGCCCCGUGCCUUGGAAGCUCAAUAACACAGAAGAGAAUUUCAAUUUCGAAGAGGGUCUUUGGAAAUGGUGUCACAGUGAAUCUUUUUACCUUAUUUUUUACAAAUUGUUUUAGAAUGGUCAAUUUCUUGUUGGGUUAUUUGUCAAGAUGCUUCUCCUGCGCCAAAAGCUAAGAAUUUAAUGGCGGUUUUCAUCACUACAAGAUAAGGCCAAUGCACACAACACCAAAUUUACAGUUUCAAGUUACAACAAAGACAAAGCAACAACCAAGUUUUUUUCUUUCUUUUUUGUUUUUUUUGCCCCUCGGAAAUGGAUUUUUCUUCUCAUCUUGUUUCUGUUCUUGUUUUUUCCCUUCUUGUCGUUUCAUCCUUUUGUCCUGUCCAUUCUCUCGACAAAAAAAUCCAUCACAUUAACAAAACCACGACGUUUCGCCCUCAAGAUCAUUCCAAGAAAUUGAAGCUUAUUAGAGCUCAUCUCAAGAAAAUCAACAAGCCCCCCAUCAAGACCAUUCAGAGUCCAGAUGGUGAUCUUAUAGAUUGUGUUAUAUCUCAUCAACAGCCAGCUUUUGAUCAUCCGUUACUGAAAGGAAAGAAGCCACUGGAUCUGCCGGAGAGACCAUUUGAGCGGAGUUCUUCCGGCGGGGGAGAAUCGGAAACGUUUCAAUUAUGGAGUAUGUCCGGCGAAUUUUGUCCGGAGGGAACUGUUCCGAUCAGAAGAACGACGGAAAAAGAUAUGCUGAGAGCGAGCUCUGUUCAAAGAUUUGGAAGGAAAGUAAGAAGACGGAUUAGAAGAGACUCUUCCAGCAAUGGGCACGAGCAUGCAGUGGGAUUUGUAAGUGGAGAAGAGUACUACGGAGCAAAAGCAAGCAUAAAUGUAUGGGCACCGCGGGUGACGAAUCAGUAUGAGUUUAGUCUGUCACAGAUGUGGGUCAUUUCUGGUUCUUUUGGAGAUGAUCUAAACACCAUUGAAGCUGGCUGGCAGGUUAGCCCAGAGCUGUAUGGAGACAAUUACCCAAGAUUUUUCACUUAUUGGACGUCAGAUGCAUAUCAAACAACUGGAUGCUACAAUUUACUCUGCUCCGGCUUCGUUCAAACCAACAACAGAAUCGCCAUUGGAGCUGCAAUUUCUCCAACAUCUUCCUACAAUGGCGGCCAAUUCGACAUCAGUCUACUUGUUUGGAAGGAUCCGAAACAUGGGAAUUGGUGGUUGGAAUUCGGGUCGGGCGUAUUAGUCGGGUACUGGCCGGCAUUUUUAUUCACUCACCUUCGAAGCCACGCAACGAUGAUCCAAUUCGGCGGCGAGGUGGUGAAUUCGCGGCCGUCGGGGUUUCACACGGCGACGCAAAUGGGGAGCGGCCAUUUCGCCGGCGAAGGAUUUGGAAAAGCUUCGUAUUUUCGUAACCUGCAAGUGGUGGAUUGGGAUAACAGCUUAAUUCCACUCUCGAAUUUGAAGGUUUUGGCUGAUCAUCCAAAUUGCUAUAAUAUUCAAGGUGGGAUUAAUAGAGUUUGGGGAAAUUACUUUUAUUAUGGUGGCCCUGGAAGAAAUGUGAGGUGUCCUUAAAUUGUGUAUUUUCUCUUUACCUUGUAAUUUCCUUGUGGGGUGAUUUUUUCUUUUUUUCUCUUUUUUUAUGAGGAAAGUGUGAAAUAUUCAUGUAUUUGUUUUCUAUUUUAGUUCAUUUUUUUGUUCCUUCAAAUUGAAAUUCACUAAAAUGUGAGAAUAGGAAGGGACUAUUGUAAAUUUUGACGAAAGAAAUAGUGAAUUAUACUAAGAUUGUGGAUUUCUUUUUGGGAAAUGUCAA